CAUACACAAUGGCUGCUGGAAAGAGGGGAAAGCAAACAAUUUUUAGGCCCGCCGCGUCCAGCAAAAAAUAUGAGAAAAAAAUUAUUAAAAAUCCGGGGAAUAGUUGAAAGUCAAGAAAAAUACCAUAGAAAGGAUGUUAACGCUCCCACGGGCCUUGCAUCUCUGCUGUGUUGAAGAUUUGGGCUGUCACACUCUCUCUGUGCUGGGACAUAUCACUCGUGUCCACCACAUGGCUUGCUGUCACUAAUUUGCCAUGGCAACGGUAUCUCCAAACGACUGCCCCACCACGGCAGGACACUGUCGAGUGCGGAAGAGGAGAGUAGAGGGUAAAGUGAGGAAGAACUUCUCCUGUCAGUUGUGUGAGAAGGCCUUCAACAGCUUGGAGAAGCUGAAGGUACACUCGUACUCCCACACAGGGGAAAGGCCGUAUCACUGCACACACACUGACUGCACCAAGGCCUUCGUCUCCAAGUAUAAACUCUUACGGCACAUGGCCACACACUCUCCAGAAAAGACACACAAGUGCAGCUACUGCGAGAAGAUGUUCCACCGUAAAGAUCACCUGAAGAACCACCUCCACACACACGACCCCAACAAGGAGGCUUUCAUCUGCACAGAAUGCGGCAAGAGCUACAAUACCAAACUAGGCUUUCGAAGGCACCAAGCCCUUCACGCCGCACACCGUGGAGACCUCACCUGCCAGGUGUGUCUGCAGUCAUACCCAAGCACUCCCCUACUGCUGGAGCACCUACGUGGACACGCAGGGAAAAGCACUACCGCAACUAAAGAAAAGCGACAUCAGUGUGAGCACUGCGAAAGGCGUUUUUACACCCGUAAGGACGUGCGACGCCACUUGGUUGUGCAUACAGGACGCAAGGACUUCCUUUGCCAGUACUGUGCACAACGAUUCGGCCGUAAGGACCACCUUACCCGGCAUGUUAAGAAAAGCCACGCUCAUGAGCUGCUGAGAGUUAAGGCAGAGCCCGUAGAUUUGAUGGAGUCACAAUCCUCGCCAACACCUGGGCCUCUCUCUCUGAGGUAUCCAAUAGGUCAUGCUUCUUACUCACCAACGCCGCCACUGAGGGCGGAGCUUGAAAGUUAUCUCUUAGAGCUACAGGCUGAAGAUACACCCAAGCUGAGUGCUUCUGCAACGGUGACUGGAGAGACAACAUCAUCCCUGGACUUUCUGUCUCCAUUGUUUAAUUUUCUGCCUUACAACCAAGGGGCAGGGCCUACUUUGGGAGUGGCUUACAGCCAGGAGGAGGGGCUACUGACCACCCCCAUGCAAGACACCCCAGAGCCUCUUAGCCUCCUUCACACAAUCACACAUUCACACACACUGUCACAAACCAAUGCACUCACUCCGAGUUAUACACAUCCACCAUCUCUGAAUACAACCACCACCCUGCCUCGCUUCCACCAAGCCUUCCAGUAACCCAAAUACAUUCACACACUUACAAUUUUUGUAGCACUUAUUAAAACACUCUUAUGUUUAUUAUCAACUUAGCCCUUAAUCAGAUUCAUACAAGCAUAGAGUCUCUGAAAUCCCGCCAAGGCAACAGUCUGUUUCCUUAAGCCAGUACCACAUUUUUAAGGAAAGUCUUGAGGACAGUAUCACACUUUUGAUCAUUCAAGAAGUUGAAAAUGCAAUACUCACUUUAUUUUCCGUCUAGAGGUGUUUGGGCAAUCAUUUUAACAAUGGAGGAUGCCAAUCACCUUACAAAUAGAAGUGAACAUUAAAUACAUGGUUAUGUGAUUUGUAAGAGCAGAGUUCAGUUUGCAGUGACGUUUCACUCCCAAAAUGCUGAAAGAGAAAGAGAGAGAGAUUAACACUUUUAACUCAUUAACACUUUAAACUUCUAGCAGUGUUGAAGUUCCAUCAAAGCUAAAAGAUGUUUUGUCUAAUGUUGUUUCUAUCUUGUUGUUUAAUAUAUAGCUCAUAAACUGUUGGGUACUGAACUACCACCGUUUUAGUGACUAUGUCACACAACUAUUUACAGCCAAAGGCAACCAAAACCUUCAUAUCUAAAAAAAAUAAUAAUUAUAAUAAAUAAAUAAAAGGAAGGUUCAUCUCUUUAUGUUUUUUUUUUUUUUUUAUGGCUGUUUGCCAUCAUGCUGCUGCUCGUUGUAAGGGCCUCAAAGGAUACCAGUGCAGGAAUGCUUCACAAUUCACAUUAACAAAGGGAAAGAAAGACGAAGACUCUCUCUCUCACCCACAUACACGCUCACAUCCUAUUACUCUCUUACUCCAUUCAACCUCAUCCACCAGAAUGCUGGCUAUUGCACUGAUCAAAGCUGGCUAUUGCA